CCCGCUCUCCGGGGCGGGCCGCUGGCGUGGGGGCUUCUCGCGUGGGGGGGGGGAGCGCGGCGGCCGCCGCUCCGCCCCCCCCCCCCCCCCCCCAGCCCAGGUGAUGCCGUCGGUGAGGCGGCAGCGGCGGCCGUUACCGAUGGCGAAGGCGGCGGUGGGGUCCACGCCGCCUGGCCCCUGAGCCGCGCGGGGGGCAGCGGCCCCAGCGGCUCGGUUCCCCACCCUCCCUCCCCCGUCCUCGAUGUCUCCCCCCGCGGCGUGGGGGCCCUUUCGCCGCCUCCCCGCCGUCCCGGAGGCCUCGCGGUCGUCAGGCCGUGGCUGCCGCCCCCGUCUCCCCCCGCCCCACGGCUGAGGGAGCGGCGUGGCCGCCGGGACCGCCCGCCGCGAUGAAGGUGGAAGCGGGAGAGAACUCCAUGAUCAACCUGUCGGUGCAGCAGGUGCUGAGCCUGUGGGCGCACGGCACCGUCCUCCGCAACCUCACCGAGAUGUGGUACUGGGUUUUCCUCUGGGCUCUCUUCUCCUCUCUCUUUGUCCAUGGUGCUGUGGGAGUAUUAAUGUUUGUGAUGCUGCAGAGGCAUAGGCAGGGGAGGCUGAUCUCUGUCAUUGUGGUCAGCAUUGGAUUUCUGGGUUCUAUAACUGGAGCAAUGAUAACCAGUGCUGCAGUAGCUGGAAUUUACAGAGUAGCAGGAAAGAAUAUGGCUCCCUUAGAAGCUCUUGUCUUUGGUGUUGGACAGACAGUACUGACGUUAAUUAUCUCAUUUUCAAGAAUUCUUGCAACACUUUGAGACUUAUGUGCGGGGAGGGAGAAUCAACUAGCUUAAAGAAAUCUUUAAUCUGAAGAGAAGCUCCCUGAACAUGGAUUCAUCAGCUUGCAAACUUGAUUUCUAGUGUAAGAGAAAGGAAGCUAUGUGGAAUGUGCACUACAAAUCUAGAGGUUCAGUCAAAGAAACAGACUGUCCUCUAGCGUCUGAACUGUUGUACUUCUGCACUGCGCCUUCAUGUGCCUCAGUCACAGGCAAGGUGCAACCCGUGCGUGCAAAGCUGAGAUAAAGCACCUUGAAUAGCUGCCGGUCAGGUUAAAGCCUGGUGAUGGGAUCCUUGUUCUUAACAGUGUUGUAAUAAAAUAAAGGGAUGCUCCUGUGUGCCAAACUCGGAGUUCAAUUCUUAACUGUUGGUUAGGUAAGCUCUGAAAUUGUAAUUAUAGAAGAAUACUGUGAGCAUAUGCUCUACUUGAAUUCAGGUAAAAUAGCAAGAUAAGUUUUGUAUUAGUGGAAUCUCUUUGAAUGCUGAAUGUUCUUAUUCAGCAUUCAAAACAACUGUUAGGUCUGUUUCAAAGCGUAGAUGAAUUUUUAUGGGGCUUAAGAACCACGGCUUUAGCAACCCUGAUGUAAUUAGCACUGUGUGUAGAAUGGCUCAUGGCAGUUUUCUGAAGCUCAGCACGUAACUUCUUCCUGGUUUUAGCUUGUCAGAAAUCAGUGGCUUAAGGAAAGUGUAUAAGGAUUACUAAGUACAAUCUGUUGUGUAUGCACAAACAAAUCGUAAAUUGAUGCUUUCCUUGAAAUUAUUUUGUUUUAAACAUACAGAUGGUUACCUGAACUUCUGAAAACCUCAGAAAGGCUACUUGUUGCAAACAAGCUCCCUAUAUUUACUUGAGCACUGAUAGGACUCUUAACCCUACAUGUAUUUACAGAACACACAAAUAUAAAAGAUUUUGAGAAUCCACCUAUGAGGAAAAUGGAAAGGGGUAAAAAUAUGAUAUACUGGUUUUCUACAGAACAAAAAUGUUAAGUUUAAAAUAGUUACUACACUCCAAAAGUUUGGAAGUGGGGCAGCACUAAUGUAUUUACUACCUUGUUUCUGAACACUUUGUAUCUUUGGAAAGGUUAAGAUACCUGGAACUUUCAAAUACUUAGCUUUCAGUAGAGUUUGUGCUUUUCUGGUUUAAAAGGGACAGUAGUGAUGUACAUGUGAAAUGUCUUAAAUGUGAAUGUUUUGGAGUGAAUAGAAAUUUCAAGUCUAAUUACUAAUUAUUUAUGACAUGCAAAAUUUAAAGGGCACAAAGUGCUCGGUGAGGAAUAGGGAAUCUUUUAAAUCUUUCCUCAACUGAAUGCUUUUCAGCUGUCAGCUUUUAAUGCUGACAGGAAGAGUGAAUUGCUCAAAGGUUUUGUUGUUAAGAUAUCAAAAAGACUUUCAGGACUAUUGAAACCAUGGCCACCUAUUGCACAACUAAAAGAAUAUGGUAAAAUAUAAUUUACCAUCUAGUCAUAUCGCUUAGUGCUUCAAAAUACAAUGAAUUAACCUGCCUGCCUUUGUUUUACUUCAUAUAAACUUUUUAAGUGCUAAGGUUGUUAAUAUUUGUUUUCUUUAAAAGUAUUUAAGUCUUGUUUGGAAAAUGUACAAAGUUGUGGGCUUUUCAGGGAACAAGGUAAAAUACAGGUUUAUAAACCUUUUCAGUGUUAUUUUUGGCUUUGAAUUGCUUUAAAAUGUGGCUGAAUGCAUAUAUUCUCAUUAUUUUGAAUGUCUUCAAGAAUUUAUUUUUCAUUGUUUGGGUUUUUCAUCUUGUGGCUUUUAUGCUGAUAGUUUCUAGCAUAACAAUCAUUGCACUUUAGUAGACAAUGAAAUUACUACAAAAUUACUACAUCUAUAAAAGGCAAUUUAAACUUCUCCCCAUUUUCUUAAAUUAUAAGAAAACUGGUUUCAGGUAUUUAAGUCAAAUUGAAUAAUGAAAUAAUUUAAGAUAUUCCUCCUAAUGUGCCUUGUUACAUAUAUUUUUAGGGGAGAGUAUUUUUUUUUUAAAUUACUGUAUUUUGUUCUAAUUACCAUUCUUGUUCUAUUUUUGCUGUUUCUGAUUUGAUAUAAUGUCUUACUCAACAGACAUUAAAGUAUUUGUUUGACAACCUGGAAAUGCUUGUCUGGAUCAAAACCAACUGGUUUAUGAAGGACUGUAUUCAGUUAUUUAGAUUGUCUCAUGACUUUACCUCACACUGAAACUUCUUCCCAGUUUCCUUGAGCAUCUUCGUUCUUAUUUAUUGUACAAGGCUAUUAUACUACCACUGAGCAAUGGCUGUUAUUUUUCCCUGAGUUAAACUAUCACAGGCUACUACUAACUUACAAAAUGCAUAUGUGAAACUUACUGAUGAAUUUCAUCCUUCAUUUUAAUUGCAGUGCCAAGUAAAUUGUUACCAUUAUAACUUUCCUCCCUUGACGAGGAGGCAUCUCUACAAAUCUUAAUUACCUUUCUCCAGAUAAUUUUUAUUGCAUAGAUCAUUGUCAUCAAUUUUAAAAAGCUGUUGGAUGCCUAGUUGUCUCUGCUUUAUAUGGCAUUAUUGCCUGACAACAAUAAAUAGGCAGAUAAUAUAAUGCCUUUGUGGCUUUACAGAGACAAAGUUAUGUAUUUGAUAGAAAAUUAUUUUAAACUAUUUAUUGUGAGGAAUACAUAGGACAAAUGGUUUUUCUAUAAUGUUUUCUUUGGUCGUAACAUUAACUUACUGCAUAAUAACUCCAGCAGUGAAAGGAAGUGUAAGUGGCCUUAUGUCUGUGAAACUUCAAAGUUUCAUUCCACAUCCUUAAAAAACAGCGUUGUUAAACAUAAGGUGCUCUAGUCAGUGCAGUGUAUGCAAAUAUAUAUAUGAAUUAUGGUUUUGGGGUGUGUUCUAUAUCUUACACAUACUAACAAUUGAAAUAACUUUUCCAAGAAAAAUUAUUCCGGAUAAUGAUUUUUUUUUUUUUUUUCAUUCUCUCCCCGCGGGCCCCCCCCCCCCCCCCCCCCCCCCCCCCCCCGCCUCCUUGUUAUUAGGCUACAAAGAUAUCUUGUGUAUGAAUGGCACUGAUGGUACUCUGGCUCCCUUUUGAACAAUACAGUGUUGUGCAGAUGUCCACACAGGAUUAUUUAGCACUAUUUUCAAAUAGCUCUGCCUGUCUCUGCAUUGUAUCACUAGGCACAUUCUGCAUUGUUAAUGAUUACUUUCUAGUAAAGAACAAAUAAUACAUCAACACAAUUUCAUCUUUGAGGGGAAGGGGGGUUACUGAAUAUAAUGUUUAAUGUGAAGAAGAUUCUGUUAAAGACAGCUUUUUCUGUUAACAGCUUCACUGUUAAAGAUUUAAACAUUCCACACUUCCAACUUAUCAGUAUGAUCAUGGAAUCAUGGAAUGCCAGGUUGGGAGGGACCUCAAGGAUCAUCUGGUUCAACCUUUCUUGGCAAAAGCACAACCUAGACAAGAUGGCCCAGUACCCUGUCCAGCCGAAUCUUAAAAGUAUGCAGUGUUGGGGGAUCCACCAUUUCUGGGGGAGAUUAUUCCAAUGGCUGAUUGUUCUCAUUGUGAAAAAUAUUCCUUUUGUGUCUAAUUGGGAUCUCCCGAGGAGUAGCUGGUGCCGAUUACCCCUCGGCUUUUCCAUGUGACUCCUUGUAAAAGGGAGUUUCCAUCUGCUUUGUAGCCACCUUUUAAAUACUGGACCAUGGUGAUAAGGUCUCCCCUAAGCCUUCUCUUCUCAAGGCUGAACAGACCCAGUUCUCUCAGCCUUUCUUCGCAUGGCAGCUUCCUCGUCCUUCGAUCAUCUUUGUGGUCUUUUUCUGGACCCUGCCUGUCCACAGCUUUUGAAUAGCAGGGACCAAAACUGAACACAGGAUUCCAGGUGUGGCCUGGCAAGCUCUGAGUAGAAUGGGAUAACCACUUCUUUAUCUCUGCUGGUGAUGCCCUUGUUGAUGCAACCCAGCAUCCCGUUGGCUUUCUCUGCUGCAGCAGCACACUGUUCACUCAUACUGAGCUUGUCUACCGGGCCCCCCAGGUCGUUUUCUGCAGAGCUGCUUCCCAGCCUGUGCUGCUGCACUCCUGGAUUAUGUUUUCCCAGGUGCAAGACCUUACAUCUGUCUUUGUUGAACUUCAUAAUGUUCUUGUGAGCCUACUCUUUCAGCCUAUCCAGGUCUUCCUGCAGCGUGGCUCUCCCUUCUGAAGUAUCUGCUCAGUUUGGUAUUGUUGCAAACUUCAUCAGGGUAUGCCUGAUCCCAUCGUCCAGAUCACUUAUGAAGAUAUUAAACACUGUUGGGCCCAAUAUUGGUCCCUGGGGGACCCCGGGGACAGGUUGCUGGUUUGAAAAGGAGCUAUUUACCCCCACCCUCUGGGUGUGGCCUGGCAGCCAGUUCCCCACCCAUCACAUGGACCACUUGUCUAGACUAUAAUAUAUCGGUUGCUCUAGGAGGCAGAUGUGGAGGACCAUAUCCAAAGGCUUGGAGAAAUCCAGGUAGACAACGUCUACCUCUUGCCCCACAUCAACUAAGAAGGUUACUUUGUCCCAGAAGGUGAUUAGGUUUGUCAAGCGUAAUUUGCCCUUGGUGAAUCCAUGCUGGCUUUUUCCAAUCAUGUGCUUCAUCUGACUUGUGACAGCCCCCAGGAGGAUUCGUUUCAUAACUUUUCCAGGGACUGAAAAAAGACUGAUGGGCCUGUAAUUUUCUGGAUCCUCCUUUAAGCCAUUCUUGUAGAUGGGGGUGACAUUAGCCUUCUUUCAGUCAUCUGGGAUAUCCCCUGAUCUCCAUGACUUCUCAUAAAUUAUGGAGAGUGGCCUUGCAAUGACGUCAGCCAGAUCUCUUAACACCCUUGAGUGGAUAACAUCAGGGCCCAUCUGUUGAUAAGGGGUCAAGCUCCUGUAAUAGUUGCAUACCAACGCUCCCCUCACUGAUGGUGGGUUUGUGUUUGCACUGACUUGGAUUUUUGUUCCCAAGACCUGGGGCCCAACACUGCUGCUAAAGACAGAGGUGAAGGAAGUGUUGAGAACCUCUGCCUUUUCAGCAUUCUUGAGGACUAAUUCAUCUUUCCUGUUUAACUGUGGGCCAAUAUUUUCCUUCUGUUUCUGUUUGUUCUUUACAUACCUGAAGAACCCUUGUAGUUUUUGACAUUUCUGGCCAAUUUAAAUUCAAGCUGAGAUUUUGCUUUUCUAACUGCAUUUCUGCAUAUCCCGGUAAUGCUCUUGUAGUUCUCAAUGGGUAUUAGUCUGCUUUUCCAUCUCUGAUACACUUCUCUUGUUUUUGAGCAGACUCAGAAGCUUGUAGUUAAGCCAAGGAGGUCUCUUGCUCCACCUACUUCCCUUACCUUUAAAGGCAAUGAGCUAUUUUUGUGGUUCCAGGAAAGCGCUCUUGAAAAAACCCCAGCACUCACUAACUCCAUGGAAGCUUCCUACUGAAUGCCUCCCAGCUCAGCUCUGAGCGAGGUGGAGUUUGCUCUCCUAAAAUCUAAAACCUUUGUCUUGGUACUAAACUUCAGUGUGCUCAACAGGAUCCCAAACUCUGCAAUAUUGUAAUCACUGCAGCCAAGGCUAUCACUAACCAAGAUACUACAAAGCAGAUUUUCUUGGUUUGUGAGCAGCAAGUCCAGCAAGGCCUCGUUCCUGGUUGGCACAUCUAACAUUUGUAUGAGGAAGCAGCCCUCUACACAUUCAAGGAACUUGAUGGAUGACAUGUGAGCUGCUGUACUGUUCUUCCAACAAAUGUCUGGGUAGUAGAAGUCACCCGUAAGAACCAGGUUCUGUUGACCUGAAGCUUGCUUAAGUGACUUAAAUAUUACUUCGUUGGCCUUAUCUUGGUUUGGAGGUUGGUAGCAGAUACCUACUGUAAGAUCCUCCUUAGAGCCGACCCCUCUGAUCUUGACCCAGAGGCAUUCAAUAGGGCUUCUACAAUCACUGCAGUUGACUUCUACACAUUCAAGGUUCUCCUUAACAUAGAGUGAAACUCCUCUUCUUCUUCCCUGCCUCUCUUCACAAAACAGCCUGUAUCCAUCCAUCGUGAUCCUCCAGUCAUGUGAGUUGGCCCACCGUGUUUCAGUUAUUCCUAUGAUAUCGUAACUUUGCCUGGGCGUGGAGCUCCAGUUCCUCCUGUUUGUUCCUCAGGCUGUGUGCAUCGGUAUGCAUGCACUUGAGAUGGUUGGUCUUCUGGCUCUCAUCUUGGGAGGCAACUAGGGAACAUUUGUCACUGCUCCGGUGGGCCUGGCUUAUUCCCCAGAUCAAAAAAUUUUGCUUUGACUAAAAAUGCCAGCUAUAUUGCAGGAAAAAUAAAAGAUCUUCCAAAUAAUUACUUUCUUUCAUUUUGUGGGUAUUUCUGAGUUUAUGAAACUAAUCUGUGUACCAUGACCAGUGAUAUAAUUUGAAGUUUGUUGUUGACAGUUUUUUAAAGAAACCAAUAAUUUAACCAGUUUUGAACAUUCAACACGGACCAAAGAGAGUAGUCCUGAUUUUGUGUAAAAUAGCUUUAUGUUUUUGAAGUACACUGUUUUUAUUACUCUAAAGGAAAUAGUAUUUCCUGUUCAACAUAUUGCACAUUGAUAUUUAUUUUGCUUACAAUUUCUAUUUGAAUUCUCUUGGGGGUGAGGCGUGUAUAAAUGCCGUUUGAGCAGAAGCUGUGAUGGAGUCUAAGCUCUAAUAACUCUAAGAACUGGUUUAAUUGUUAUUUUCUGGUUUAAUUUAUGUAUUUCAUGCAGUAAGCAUAUUCUAACAAAGCCUUUCCUGCAUUAAAUCUGAGUAUUAUAUCAUGAGCAUAUUAAGUUGCAUGGUUUUGUACAUAGCCAUUCAAUGUCACAUGUACAAUUCCACAUAAGCAAUUAAUUUUCUUCUUCAGACACAAUAGUAUUGCCAGGUGUAAGGAAGUAUGAAUGAAUCAGGGCCAAAAAAAAAAAAAAAAGUGUGACUCUAAUAAAGCUUAGAAAAACAAUUGUGAACAUGAGAAUUUUUUCAGUUACUCUUUUGUUUCUAGAAAUAUGUUUUUUCAUCAUAUGUGUAUUUCAGUUAAGGGGAAAAGAUGUGGAGAUUGGUUGUUAGGAUAACAACUGCAACCUAAUCAAAUUCCAAGAAAUUUGAGAUAAAAUUAAAUUCUGAAUUUUGUUCAUAAAUUAUAAUGGAGUGCUACAUAUAUUUAAAUGCUAGAAUAUUACUUCAUUUCAGUGUUACCAGAAUUUAACAUACAACUGCAUCAGCAUAUUGGCAGAAUACCUUUUGAAUGCUUGCUUUAUUUUUAACCUCUAGAUCAGGAGCAGCCCGAGGUGAAAAGACUGUUUAAAUCCUCAGCUGUUGCUUCAGAAGGAAUAAGUGUUCUUUGUAUACAGGUGAAUUUAACACAGCUGAAAAUUUGUACUGGGUUAAAAGUCAAAUAUUUGGUCACCACCAUCACAACCCUUAAGGUCAGAGGGAAAAGAGUUCUGCGCUCUGUUACAACAGUGAAACCUUCAGCUGGGCUGCAUUAGUUUGUGUGCUGAACUUCACAUCCUUUGGUGAAAAUGUCAUAGGCAUUAACCUCAGUGCAUACCAUUUGAUACCUUGUAAGUGAGAAAAACUGUAUCCUGCAGCAUGCUGUUUCCCACACUCGUGCCUAGAGUCAUAUCAAAUCAAUUUGUGCAUUAAGUUUAAAUGUAAGCACAAAGGUAUCUCGAAGUCCGCAAUGAUAUGUUACUGCUUAGGGUAUUCUCCCAUUAUCACAGGUGUAAAAGCAAUUAUACUCUAAAGUAAUGAUCUAUAGAAGUAUUUUCUUUCAGGAGCACACAUUUUUUUUCAUUUCUAAUUGUUCAUCUUGUAGUUACUGAACACUUUAGGAAAUUACUGCUUGAAUACUGGUAAGAGUAGUCAGUUGUUAAAGGGAGUCCAUAGUAUGUCCUUACGUGCUGCUUCUGUAAAAAAAAAAAAAAAAAAACAAGCAAACCCCAAACCUGUAAGGCAAAAUAAAUAGUGAAGAGAUAUUUUCAAUGAAAUAAAUAAUACUUGAUUGAUGCAAAUUGCAUUCAUUUUGAUUUGAGAUCUAACUUUUGAAGUUGAUUCAGGUAUUUAGUAUCAACUUUGUAAAAUCUGUUUCUGUGUUAUCCAUCAAUAUAAGGUAUAUUGAUGAGGUCAUCAGAGCUAAAAAUCUAUAAACCUUUUAAAAUUACUUGGCUGGAGGUUUUUACUUGUAUAAAAGUUAAGCACAUUUCGGACAGAUAAUGGAGUUUUGAAGAUCUUUAUUAUUUUGGGGUUUUAGAGGAUAAUCAGGUAUUUAUGUAACUAAAUUUUUGACAGUGGCAAUAUAUAUAAUAGCACAUAAUACUUCAGAAAUGCUUACAGAAACUACUGAAGACAGAUACCUGUUUUACAGUUAGAAAAAGGCUACAGUAAUUGACAUCUGUACUGAUAACUGUGACUUGUACUAUAAGCUUUACAAAUACAGUCAGUAUUAUAACCUUUUGGAUUUGGCUGAGCCAAGAGAAGAGGAAAAAGGGAAUUUGAAAAUCUUUAAAAAUUAACAAGGCAAAAAGUAUCCAUUAGACCACUGACAAAAUUGUGCCCCUCCAAUACUGUUUUUCAUCAAGCAUGACUUAAACAAUAGAUCAUACACAAUGCAGCAUAAUAUCUCUCCAUAAAGUGUCUUGUGGAUAGAACGUAGUCUGCAAAUUUGUAUUAGAAAUAGAUAUUCAUGUUUUCACUUGAUGAAGUUAUGUAAGUAAUAGGUUCUUGACCUAGGCAUUGUUUUGAAGCUCAAAGAAGAGUGAUGGAGAAGAAUGAUUUAAUAUAUAGUUGAUCUGUGCUUUGUACAGGACUAUAUUACACUGCAAAAAAGGUAUUCAUUUUGAGUUGUGGAUGUACUGCAUGUUCAUGUUACAGUUUAGAUCAAAUAAAAAAAAAAGUGACAUUUAAGCUGUAAAUACUGUAUACUACUAUCUUUCAUUUUUUAAGCAACUUUUUUAUUUCACUGUUUGUGUAUAGAUCUUUAUGUACAUAUAAAAAGAAAACCACAACAUUUUGAGAAACUUUUGUAGUCAACUUUUGACUUUUAAUUGCAGUAAUGGUCUACAUAUGUCCUUUCAACUGUUUGUUUUGGUCUGAGUUUUCAUUGUAUGCUUUCAGAGUCUUUGAAAAGCAGCAAUAACAAUUGGGCAGUUAUUUAAAGUAAAACUUUUUUCUGCACAAUUUCCACCUCCAUGCUUUAGAAUGGAGGCACAGUGGAACACUUGUCCAAUUGUAGGAUUUCAAGAGCCUUUAAGUAGUUUUUAUCUUUUUUUUUUGUGUGUGAUAGCAAAUGUUUUAUAAUAGCUUGUGUACAGAAUUUACAAGUCAAACACAAUUUCUCAUGCUCAUUCAUGUGAUUAAAAGUUUCUGUUAAAAUAUUUUCAUCAACUUUCCAUGGCUUAUUGCAUGUUCUUAUAAGUAAUCAUAAAGCUAUAAGUCGACCUCUGUAAGAAAUACUCUGAUAACAAAAGUUUUACAUUUUGUGAACUUGACUGAGAUGUACAAAUGUACACAUAAAAUAAAGCUAAAAUUAAUUAUUAA